AUUUCAAAAUAAUAUAUGAUAUUACGCAUUGUACUAUUUAUGUUGUUAAUAACAAUAGUAUACUGUAUAUACAAUCGACAUGAAACAAAUCUGACAUAAAUACUAUUUUGCAUUCAUAUUUAUAAAUGGUGUCUGGAAAAUACUUUUUAUGCUUAUUGCGUAAACGCGCGCGACUUCAACCAGCUCGAACAGGCACAGUGGCGUCAUCACCUUGUCACGUGGUCUUUUUGGCGCGAAAUUCCGCUCCGCUUGCGUUACGCACUGAUCGCGCAUGGGAAUGUAAACAUCCGAAAGUCUGAGAGGAUAUACUUUCGGUUACAUUAAAAAAAGUUUCGUCUUGAGUAUGUGAAUAUUUAUGCGAAUACGCCGAGUUCAUCUCUAAAGAAAGAAGGAGAUUUAUACUUUAUUCUUGUUCGAAUAAACUGUUGCAGCUUUGGAUUAAUUUGAUAUUUUAGGAUCAAGUUCGUUGCGGUGUUUCGCGAUGGCAGAUGUGUUGUCAGAUGCCGGUGAUGUCAGUGGAGAAGAGGGGAGUCAGGAAGAUGUGAUGACCCCAGCGGAGCUCAUCUCCAAACUGCAGGAGGCUUGGCUUAAUGAGAAGUUUGCUCCAGAACUGUUGGAGAACAAGUCUGAGUUGGUGGAAUGUGUGAUGGAGCAGCUCACGCACAUGGAGGAAAAUCUCCAGAGAGUCAGAAAAGGUGAUGUGAAGGCCAGCGUGCACCGUAUGGAGAUCGAUCGCAUCCGCUUUGUUCUAAGCAGCUAUCUCCGUUCAAGACUGCAGAAGAUAGAAAAGUUUUUUCCUCACGUUUUGGAAAAGGAGAAGUCACGUGCGGACGGGGACCCUUCAUUUUUGUCUCCUGAAGAGUUUGCCUUCGCUAAAGAGUAUUUGGCCAACACAGAAGUGUACUUGCGUACUGUGGCUUUAAAACACAUGCCCCCAAAUCUACAGAGCAUUGACAUGCUGAAAGCUGUUCCUGAGCCGUGCCUGGACUCGUUCGUAUUCCUGAGAGUAAAAGAGACGCAAGAGAAUAUCCUCGUGGAACCUGAGACUGAUGAGCAGAAGGAAUAUGUUGUGGACUUGGAUGAAGGUUCCCAGCAUCUUAUGCGUUACCGUACUAUAGCACCUCUAGUGGCCAGCGGUGCAGUGCAACUUAUUUAGAACCUCAGGAACAGAAUGGACACUAGAGAGAGAAACCAGUGAUCUAUGUACUCGUUUUCCUCAUCUCCAUCUAAACGUCUGUCUGGCUGAAUCACAGUGUUGCUAGUCAGAUAACUUUACUGUCAUUUGGACCCUGAGCAUGUCCAUAUGUCUCACUCAAAAACAGCGAUCUUCAAAUUCACAUACAAAACAGACAUAGGAGUCUCAUUAUUGUUCUCGGAAAUUAGGAAAAAAGAACUAGUCAAGAAAAGCACACAUUUCAAAUGCAUUCUGACAAAUUAAUAUAAAAAACAGUAUGGUAUUAAAGAAUGAAAUAUGUAAAACAAUUUAUACUUUACGUUCAUGGAGUUUUUUUUUCAACUUGUUUGUCAUUUUGUCACAUAUUGAUUGCUGUGUUAUUGCAGUGCGACUGCUGAGAACUUGCCUCUGAAACGGAAGCUGCAGUUUUAUCUGUAAAUGGGAAGUUGUUGGUUUGCAUUGUGGUCGUUUAGAUCACAGGUCAUUAGGGUUGAGCUGGAAUAAAAUCUAUUUAUAGUUCCACUUGUUGAAAAUAAAUCACUUGUUUUAAACGAAAAGUUUUGUGCUUGUCACACUCCAAUAAAAAGUGCUAAACCAUGCUGUAGUAGAACAAUUUUAGGCUUCACAAACUUUUUUCACAAAAGUGAUUUGUAGUGGAAAAAUGUUUUUAGACUAUAAUGAAUGAA